CCGGGAAGAUGGCUGCGCACAGGUUCCGCCCAGCACAUGUUUCCGCAAAGAGGAUUCUACGGUCGGGGGAUGACAGUGACCUCUAAUUCUCUGGGAAGGGCCCAAGGAAAGUGACUCAUCUCUCACCAUGAGUGUCACCCCAGAGGUCAAGAGUCGUGGGAUGAAGUUUGCUGAGGAGCAGCUGCUCAAACAUGGAUGGACUCAAGGCAAAGGCCUGGGCCGAAAGGAGAAUGGAAUCACCCAGGCCCUCAAGGUGACACUGAAACAGGACACUCAUGGAAUAGGACAUGAUCCUGCCAAGGAGUUCACCAACCACUGGUGGAAUGAGCUCUUCAACAAGACAGCAGCCAGCUUGGUGGUGGAAACAAAGAAGGAUGGCGUGCAGAUUAAGCACAUUUCUAAGGAGAUAGGCCAUCACCAUCAACCCAAGCCCAGCAUGAUGUACCCGAAGUUCGUGAAGGCUGCCACACUGACUUCUGGUGGGGAGAAACCAGACAAGGAUGAGGAAAGCUGCAGUGAUGAAGAGCACCAAGAGCCCAAAGCUCCAAAGAUUCUCACCGAUGAGAUGCUUCUCCAAGCCUGUGAGGGGCGAACAGCACACAAGGCUGCCCGAGUAGGGAUCACAAUGAAGGCCAAGCUUGCUCGGUUAGAGGCCCAGGAGCAGGCCUUCCUGGCUCGCCUCAAAGGCCCAGACCUUGGGACUUCUCCACCACAGUCAGAGAGCAACCCCUCCAAAAGUAAGAAAAAGAAAAAGAAGCAGAAAGAAAAAGAGACUACAGGAACCGAAAGGAGUGCAGAAGAGGACUACUCAGAAGAUACUCAGCAGGGAACCAGGAAACAAAAGAGGAAAAGACAACAGCAGGAAAAGGGGGAAAAGGAAGAAGCUGCUGGAAAUCUGGAAUCUGAGGACUACACUGAACAGCCCUGCAGGAAACGGAAGAAGAGACAGCGGCACCAUGAAGAGGAGGAUGGGGAUGUGAGGGUGUCGGGUAAGGAAGAGGCUGCAGGUGGAGUGAGCACAGAGGAAGCAGAGAACAGGGCACUCACUGACCCCUGCCACAAGAAGCGGUGGCCUCACAAGGGAGAGGAGGACUUGGACAAAGGAGAGAGAGACACCGAGGAGGCUGCUUUAGAAAGCAGGAUGUGCAGCACCAAGAAAAGUAGAAGCGGGAAGAAAAGAUCAUGGCAUCAAGAGGACAGGGGUGGCUUGGCUGUAGAGGAAGAGGAAGAGGAGGGCAGGAGCACAGAGAGAAACACACACACUGGCUCCAGCCACAGAGCUAAGAGGAGGCAGCGGCAGCAGCCAGCAGAGAAAAAUCCUAGAGCCAGGGCAGAGCAGAAAGCAAAAAGCAAAAAAGACAGGAAGAGAGACUGAUGGUCAGGCUGGUGUAGGAUCUACUCAAGUCCAAUUUGGGACUUGAAGCUUUAGAGACCUUACUCCAACGCAGGCCCUCCACCCCUCUUGGUGGAGUCCCUCCCGCGGAGAAAUGACUGGAACAGCAGUGGGUGGAGGAGAGGAACAGCCCUGUAUCUUAGUUCAAGACCUGCAAAGGCCCUUCCACAGCCUGUAAGCAGAGAUCCUGGACUCAGGAGCAAGGCAGCUGCCUGUGCCAAGUCCUGCCUGGCAUGCCAUUCCCAGCUUGGGAAGGGCCUGCAGACAGGUGAGCAUAUCCCUGGAUGCCUCUGAAGUCCCUUCCAGUAAGCAGGAAAAAAGCUUGGAGAAUUUCACUCCCAGCUGCCUUGUUUUAGAAUUCUGUGUCUAUAUGGCUAGGGAAAUUACUCAGCUGGGAGAGCUCAGGACCUGCAUGCUUGAGGCUCCCACCUUAAUCCCUUGGCACUGCCUGUACCAGAGAAGUGUUCUGGCUCCUCUCACUCAUGUCACACCCAGUAUCUCAUGAAAUUAAAAAAUAAAGCUUUUCUAAAGAAAAACU